CAGCAGAUGGCGCUCUCACAUUCUGGUCGUUUUCGAACCAUAAAAGCGGUCGUUGAAACUCCACGCAGAUAACGUGCGUUUUUCAAUUUCAUUUGUUGUGUGAAGAAAACGAAAGGACAAUGAGUGGAGGCUUCAACUUUGGACAAGCGUCCAGUACUGGAUUCAGCUUUGGAGCUCCCAAAACCACAGCUGCAACUGCCCCAGCCACAGGCUUUGGGAUGCCUAGUGCUGCAGCUCCAGGUGGUGGCUUCUCUUUUGGAACCCCCAGCACUCCGCAGGCCCCAGUAGCUGCCCCCCAGAGCUCUGGGCUGUUUGCUAUGCCCACCCAGGGUAGCACAAACCCAACUGGAGGGUUCAGCUUUGGGACCCCUGCACAGAGCAGUACUCCUGCGGGAGGAGGCUUCUCUUUUGGGACUCCCAUUGCUAAACUCAAUCUGGGUACACCAGUCGCCUCUCAACCUGCACUGACUGGGCUAACUAUGGGGAUGGCAACCCCCUCUGGGACAGGCUUUGGGCUUGGUGGGGGUCUCGCCACACAAACCACUGCUGCCCCUGCAGGAGGGGGGUUCAGCUUUGGGACCGCAGGGGGGCUUGGAGCCCCUGUUGCCCAAACUCAGCCCCAGACCCAACCUGCUGCAGCUGGUGGACUCUCUUUAGGAACUCCUGCUGAAGCCACCCAAAUUAUGGGAGGUGGGUUUAGUUUUGGUGCAGCCAAGGUCCAGGCCACCACAGCCCCAGCCCCUACUGUAACUGUAGGAGGGGGCUUCUCAUUUGGAAACAGCACACCUGCCAGCCUCUCACUGGGGACUCAGCCCACAAGUCUGACUCUGAACUCUGUGGCCUCAACAGCUGUACCAACCACAACCCAGGUUGGAGGAUUCGCUUUUGGCGUCAAACCUUCUGCUACUCCAGCCCCGACUGCAGCUGCCCCGGCCACCCAAACCUCAUUAGGUUCUUCUCUUUUUGCUGUACCAGCAUCAACAGCAGCUCCUGCUUCAGCAGCAAUCACAGGAUUUUUGGGCGCUGCCCCUACCUCCGCUGCCCCGGCUGCCACCUCAACAGCGGGAAGUACCCUGGGCUUCAUGCUCAAACCCCUGGGAGCAGUCACUGCCACAACUACUGCCCCAGUUGGCACAGUGUUUGUUUUAGCUGCCCCUACCACAACAACAGGUUUCUCACUGGCUAUGAAACCUGCGGGCUCCAUUGGCAUUGGUGUAACGGCCCCCAUCACUGGCGUAGCCACAACCAUUGCUACUGUUACAGCAAGUGCUCCUCCAGUGAUGUCAUAUAUCCAACUAGAGGGUCUCAUUAACAAGUGGAGUCUUGAGCUGGAGGACCAGGAGAGGCAUUUCUUACAGCAAGCCACCCAGGUCAACGCCUGGGACCGCACGCUGGUGGAGAACGGAGAGAAGAUCACAUCACUGCACAGGGAGAUGGAGAAAGUGAAAUUGGACCAAAGAAGGCUGGACCAGGAACUGGACUUCAUCCUGUCACAACAGAAGGAGCUGGAGGACCUGCUGUCCCCACUGGAGGAGUCUGUCAAAGAACAGAGUGGAACCAUCUACAUGCAGAACGCAGACGAGGAACGCGAGAGGACGUACAAGCUUGCAGAGAACGUGGACGCCCAGCUGAAGAGGAUGUCCCAAGAUCUAAAGGAGAUCAUUGAACACCUGAAUACAUCCAGCGGUCCAGCUGAUAACAGUGACCCGCUUCAGCAGAUCUGUAAAAUUCUCAAUGCCCACAUGGACUCUCUUCAAUGGAUUGACCAGAACUCGGUGCUUCUACAGAGAAGGGUGGAGGAUGUGUCCAAACUCUGUGACAACCGACGCAAAGAGCAGGAGAAGACUUUUCGCAUAGCAUUUCAUUGAAGAUUGCAAUAAUUAUCAGAAUGAUAUUGAGAAUGUAUAUGUGCAUUAUUGCAAGUUUAUUUCUUUUUUUUAAUACAAUGAAGAUAUUUUUGAGAGGAGUUAUGUUAAAGAUUUGCUUUUAAUGCAGCAUCAAUUGUGAUUUAUAGAAAAGUACUCCAAGCUAAGGUGUGUGUGUGUGUGUGUGUGUGUGUGUGUGUGUGUGUGUGUGUGUGUGUGUGUGUGUGUGUGUGUGUGUGUGUGUGUGUGUGUGUGAUGCACUUGUCAAAUUUCAACACUGGUGCUGGGCAAAUAAUUAAUUCUGAGUAAAUAAAGAGUUGCACCCAUGGGCUCGAUUAAAUCCGUGACACUGAA